AAAAAGAAAAGGAAAGCAUGGCAGCACCUGCUCAGUUUCUGGGGAGGCCUCAGGAAACUUACAAUCAUGGUGAAAGGGUGAAGGGGGAAGCCAGCAUAUCUUAUACAACCAGAGCAGGAGAAAGAGAAAUGAGGUCAAAGGGAGCCCAGCCUGGGCGUGGGGCAGAAGCGGAGAUGUUGGCAGCGUGAAGCUCAGGAGUAUACAUCAGAGAAAGCCAAAAGCCAGCUGGAAUAGUUCUUGAAUACAGUUUUAACCUUGCUUGCAAUUAUUUCGAAGGGGAGAAAUCAUCUGGAUCAGAAUUAAUAUGCUCUGGUUUCAAGGAAAUAGCAUGCAACUUGCCAGAUCCUCCCUUGGACUCUUCUUGAUAAACUGCUCCACCUCUAAGACAACUCUGCCCAUGCUGACCUUAUUCACAAAGGACCCAGGCCCCCUUUGUGGUGAAGCCAAGGAAGUACUCAAGCCUUAUAAUAACAAGUUUAUUUUACAGGAAGUGAACGUCACACUUCCAGAAAACUCUGCCUGGUAUGAAAGGUAUAAAUUUGACAUUCCUGUCUUUCACUUGUGUGGCCAGUUUCUGAUGAUGCAUCAAGAAAACACCUCAAAACUUGACAAACAGCUCCUGAAACUUGAGCAGCAAAGUACCGGAGGCUGACGAAUGCCCUCAUGAUUUUCCACCCUCUCUUCCUAUACGGCAUCUUCCUAAGGAAAUGACCAUGGCCUGAUACUCCUUUUGUCACCUAUACAGAGCCCUAAGGAUAUUCUGAACUCAGUGGUGCCAAAUAAAUGUUGACAUUCCUCUUUUGAUUGAUGGGGGGGAAAAAAAGGGAGCCCAGACUCCUCGCUUUCCUCUGCCUUCCCCCUCCUCUGUCUGCUCUUCCCUGCUCCUCCUGGGGGCUUCCCAGGUACCAAGCAAGAGGCUGAUGUUGCUUGUGUAUGAUAGCUACAAAUCUCCGGCUCAUUAUCCUUACAUGCUCGUUUGGUUACUGGAGGGAUUAUUUUAGUGAAGUCUAUCUCCUCCUUCUUGCUGCCAGAGUGUGAAGCCUCAGAUGUCACUCCUCAGGGGGUACAGCCUUGGGUACCCAGUCACCAUGGGUUAACAAGGGUUUUGGCAGGACUCUCUUUGACUGACUCGUUCCCUGACACACCCAGCUGUUAGGCUCCAGUAAUUGCCAGCUGAGCUGUCUAUUACUGUAUUUUCAACAAAGCUCUGGGGUAUAAACCCACCCACAAAUGGAUCCAAUCAAACCUGGUGACGCCUUUGAAGAAACAGUCCUGGAGGUCAGUGUCUGAGAUUUGU